GGGAGCCGUGCCGCCGGCCGCUGAGGCACUGCCUCCUGGAAUGAGGAGGAGGAGGAAGAGGGGAUGUUCGUGCCGCGCUCGGGCUGCUUCCCCUCCUGCCGCCGCCGGGGUCGCGUUCCGUGUGGAAAUGGCACUUUCUCCGCCUAACGAGAUGGGACUGAAUGGGGUCGGCAGCCUCCUCCGCGCGCCCGAGCGGGAGCAGCAGCAGCAGCAGCCGCGGCGCUGAGCCUGGGGGGCGGCUGUGCUGUGCUGUGGGGCUUUCCUGUUGGUUUCUUUUUUUAUUUAUUUUUUUAUUUUUAUUUUUUUUAAUUCGGGAGGGGGGGAAGAAGCGUGCUUUUUUUUUUUUUUUUUUUUUUUUUUUUUUUUUUUUUGGGUGCAAACCCCGGACUUUGCAAAACAAUCUCCGCCCCCGAGAGGAUAUUUAAUCUGCAACAAGAAUCGCAGCUUGCGGAGGUAAAGUUGAGAGAGGAAGGGCUGCCGGACCUCGUGCCCCGUGGGGACUUGAACCCCGCGGACCGAGGAUGCGAUUCUCCCUUCCGGCGGCUGCCCCCGGGACGCGGCUUUCGCCUGGACUGAGCGGGACCGGACUGUAACUUAUUAAAGACGCGCACGUAGUGGCGAUUGGGGCAUAAACAGCGACACGAACUCCGGUCUGGUGCCGGAGGCUGCCUCUGCUGCCGAACAGCUGCUCACUCCGUGCUCCUGUCCCUCCGCCGUCCCGUUUUCAGAAGGAGAUCCUGAGCUUUUUUCCUUUUUUUUUUUUUUUUUUUUAAUUUUAAAUUGUUGUGAGCAUUUUAUUUUGGGUGGUUGUUGACUUUUGCAGCUGGCUCAGCUGUUUUGGGGUCUUGUGGACUGCUGACGGCGGUUGCAGCAGCACUGCCUCUCGCCAUGGCCAGCCCCACAGAUAACAACGAGGGCUUCUUCUCGGAUGUCAGAAAGGUGGGUUACUUGCGCAAACCCAAGAGCAUGCAUAAACGCUUUUUCGUGCUAAGGGCAGCCAGCGAGUCUGGACCCGCCCGGCUGGAGUAUUACGAGAAUGAGAAGAAAUGGAGACACAAGUCGGGGGCCCCCAAGCGCUCCAUCCCAUUGGAAAGCUGCUUCAACAUCAACAAGCGGGCUGACUCCAAGAACAAGCACCUGGUGGCCCUCUACACCAAGGACGAGCACUUUGCCAUCGCAGCUGACAGUGAACUGGAACAGGAGAGCUGGUACCAAGCGCUGCUGCAGUUGCACAACAGGGCCAAGGGCCACCACCACCUCCACCACCAUCAUCACCACCACCACAGUGAUGUCACCUUUGGGGGCAGCAGCGUGGGGCUGGGGGAAGCAGGUGAGGACAGCUAUGGCGAGGUAGCCCCUGGCCCAGCUUUUAAGGAAGUUUGGCAAGUAAUUCUGAAGCCUAAGGGGCUAGGCCAGACAAAGAACCUGAUUGGCAUCUACCGCCUGUGCCUGACUAACAAGACCAUCAGCUUCGUAAAGCUGAAUUCGGAUGCGGCUGCUGUGGUGCUGCAGCUGCUCAAUAUCCGCCGUUGCGGACACUCUGAGAACUUCUUCUUCAUCGAGGUGGGACGCUCGGCAGUGACCGGGCCUGGGGAGUUCUGGAUGCAGGUGGAUGACUCUGUGGUGGCACAGAACAUGCAUGAAACCAUCCUGGAGGCCAUGAGAGCCAUGAGCGAGGAAUUCCGACCGCGCAGCAAGAGCCAGUCCUCCUCCAAUUGUUCCAACCCCAUCUCUGUGCCCCUUCGUAGCAGGCACCACAUCAACAACCCUCCGCCCAGCCAAGUGGGGCUCAGUCGCCGGUCCAGAACCGAGAGCGUUACGGCUACUUCCCCAGCUGGCGGUGGGGGAGGAGGUAUGGGUGGCAAACCCAGCUCUUUCCGGGUCCGCGCAUCCAGCGAUGGGGAAGGCACCAUGUCAAGGCCUGCCUCGGUGGAUGGUAGCCCAGUUAGCCCCAGUGCCAACCGGACCCACUCGCACAGACACCGUGGCAACUCCAGGCUCCAUCCUCCACUCAACCACAGCCGUUCCAUCCCAAUGCCUUCCUCGCGCUGCUCCCCGUCGGCCACCAGCCCAGUCAGCCUGUCAUCCAGCAGCACCAGUGGCCAUGGCUCCACAUCAGACUGCCUGUUUCCACGAAGGUCCAGUGCUUCGGUUUCUGGCUCCCCUAGCGAUGGUGGAUUUAUUUCUUCUGAUGAAUAUGGUUCUAGCCCAUGUGAUUUCCGCAACUCUUUUCGCAGUGUGACCCCGGAUUCUCUAGGACACACCCCACCAGCUCGGGGCGAUGAAGAGCUCAAUUACAUCUGCAUGGGGGGGAAGGCUGCUUCGUCCUGCUGCAGCCUGGCAGCUCCCAAUGGCCACUUCAUCCCACGCACCUGCCACCCGCAGCAGCAGCCCCGCUAUCCCAGCACGUCAUGCUGUCCCCGAGCCGGUAGCGAAGACAUUGCUGACUUGGACAAGGCGUUCAGGAAACGGACUCACUCUGCGGGCACUUCACCCACCAUCUCCCACCAGAAGACACCCUCCCAGUCUUCGGUGGCUUCCAUUGAGGAGUAUACGGAGAUGUUGCCUUCUUACCCCUGUGGCAGCAGCCGGCUGCCCUCCUACCGGCACUCGGCCUUUGUGCCUACUCACUCCUACCCUGAGGAGUGUCUGGAGAUGCACCACCUAGAUGGCAGCCAUCAUAGGACCAACUCUGCUCCGCACACGGAUGAUGGCUACAUGCCCAUGUCCCCUGGCGUAGCCCCCUUGCCCAGCGGUGGGGCUGCCCCCAAGGGCGGUGAUUACAUGCCCAUGAGCCCCAAGAGCGUGUCAGCCCCGCAGCAAAUCAUCAACCCUGGCAGAGGGGGCCGCCACCCUCAGGCUACGGUGGACUCGAACGGCUACAUGAUGAUGUCCCCCAGCGGCAGCUACUCCCCGGACAGCGGCUCUGCCGGCUACGGCAAGAUUUGGACGAACGGUGCCGGCCACCACCCAAAGCUCUCGGUGGAGAGCAACGAAGGGAAGCUGCCCUGCGGCGGCGGCGACUACAUCAACAUGUCCCCGGCCAGCGGCUCCACCACCAGCACGCCGCCCGACUGCUACUUCGGGGCGGCGGGGCAGCCGGGCGUCGAGGAGGCGGCGGCCGCGGUCCUCCACAAGCCCAUCUACUCCUACUUCUCGUUGCCGCGCUCCUUCAAGCACGUGCACCGGCGGGCCGGCGGGCCGGCGGGCGAGGAGGGCAGCCCCCAGCCCCGCGUGGCGCUCGGCUCCGGCCGCCUCCUCUACGCCGCCGAGGACUCAUCGUCCUCCACCAGCAGCGACAGUCUGGGCGGCCCCUGCGGCCCCGAGGGUCCCGCGCCGCGCUCGCAGCCCCCGCGCAAGGUGGACACGGCCGUGCAGACCAAGGGCCGCCUGGCGCGACCCACGCGGCUGUCGCUGGGCGGCCCCAAGGCCAGCACCCUGCCGCGGGCCCGCGAGCAGCCCCCGCCGCUACCGCCCCCGGAGCCCAAGAGCCCCGGCGAGUACGUGAACAUCGAGUUCGUCCCCGGGAACAAGCCGCCUUUCCCCUCGGCCGCGCCGGGGCUGCCGCGACCGACGGGCGGGGAGGCCGCCGAAGAGUACAUGAACAUGGAGCUGGGGCCGCCCCGCGCCCACUGCCCCAGCGCCUUCGCCGCCGCGCGGGGGGCCCCCGCGGCACGGCCGGGUCGCGGUGCGGCCCCCCCCGGCCGGGACUACGUCAGCGUGCAGCUGGGGGGCUCCUGCUCGGACUGCGCCGACAGCCCCUCGCCCUCCUCGCCCGCUCCGCUGCUCGGCUACGCCGACGCGCGAGCGGGCCGCUCCGCCGCUGAGAAGCCGCCGCCGGCCGCCGCCGCUUCCCCCGAGCUGCCGCGGUCCCCGGCCGAGCUGGCGGCGGCACCGCCGCGCUCCUCCUCCCUGCUCGGGGGCCCCGGCGCGGGCAGCGCCUUCACCCGCGUCAGCCUCAGCCCCGGCCGUAACCAGAGCGCCAAGGUGAUCCGCGCCGACCCGCAGGGCGGCCGCCGGCGGCACAGUUCCGAGACUUUCUCGUCCACGCCGAGCACCGCCCGCGGGGCGGCAGGCGGCGGCGGCGGCGGUCCCGGGGCGCCGUUCCCCUGCGGCGGCGCCGGAGGCGCCGAGGAGGUGAAGCGCCACAGCUCGGCCUCCUUCGAGAACGUGUGGCUGCGGCCCGCCGCCGGAGAGCCGCCGUCCGCUAGCAGGGGGCCGGGGGCCGCGCUGGAGAACGGACUCAACUACAUCGACCUGGACUUGGUGAAGGACUGCGGCCACCGCCGCCACCACCUGCACCCCCCCGCGGAGGGCGCCUCCGGCCCGGGGGGGAAACCGCUGCAGCCCCGCUCACCGCGCGGGAGCAGCCACUCCAGCGACGACCUGAGCGCGUACGCCAGCAUCAGCUUCCAGAAGCGGGAGGAGCCCUAGGAGCCGGCCGGGAAGAAUGAUGACCUAUACAACCUCAGCAAAUCCUUCUUUUAACUCAUGGGUAUCAAGACUCUAAAUGUUUCAUGUUACCACAACUAGGACCUCACCUCCUCCUCCUCCUCUUCCUCUGUAAAUGGGUACGAUGCAUCCAGUUCAGUUUGUUUACUUUACACAAACCUCAGGAGUUAGUUGACUGAGCUGCACAUCCUGUGUUGUGCCAAGCAGAAGCACUGUGACACCUGGACUAUGAGUCUCUCUUAAUCCUCUACCGUAAGGACUUAGCUGGCCACAGUGAACUGAUGUGCCCACCACUGUGUCGUGGUGAGAAUGGGUAUUUUACUAGCACAUUUACACAACUUCAUUUGCUGCUGAAAACCUGUAUGACAAAUCAUCCUUGUAAAUUAUUACAUACAAAACUUAAUGUUGGUUGAAGAGUAUUAAAUAUUUAACAUAGGUUUUGAUUUAUACAUGUACUUUUUUAAUUAAAAUGUAACUUUUCCUACAGCACAUCUUUUUUGAUGUGGAACUGAGGUAUACUAUAUUCUGUUGUAAACAGAGUGGGAAACCUGCUUAAAACAAGGCUUCUAAGAAUAGAGUAGGGUACUAUUCUUGUUUUAAGAUUGUAAUUCAGAAAAUAAUAUAAUACGAGUCAUUGGUCCCCGGGCCUUGAUUGUACAGUCAUAUUUGCUGAUACUAUCAGUUGUAAGAUAACCCUGAUGCUGAACUGAUUUCUUUCCAGAAGAAAAGUAAUUUUGUACUCCUUGUAAAAUAAUAAUCUGUAUUAACUGCAAUGAAGACAAACUUUACUGUACAUGAUAUUUACAAGUGUCAACUUGAAUUCGUCAAUUGCACAGAAACUGACAAAAAAUCAGAAAAAAAGAAAUCAAAGUCUUCCAUUGUAUAUAUUGUAAAGAAUAGAAAUUAAAAAAAAAAAAAACAAAAAAAACACAACAGAAAACUACAAAACAAAAUGAAAACAAAGGGUGAACUUUUCAAAUUAACUCUUUCCCUGGAAUGAAAAUGUGGGUGUUUGUAAAUUCUGGAAAUCUCUUUCUAUAUGUAAUAAACUAGAUACUGUUUUA